AUGCAGAAAUACUCACAAGCUGCACAGAUACUUCAACAAAUGGGCGAAAAAUGUAAAGAAAAACACCAAUUAUCUGACCAGCUUACUACUAUUCAAGCGAAGGAAGCAAAGUCUAAGACUAUCACAAGAACAAACAAUCGAGCUGCACAAAGAGUAAGUCUGUUAGUGAUGUCAAAGUGAUAAUAAAAGAACCGUUGAAGAAAAGUGAUAAUAAAAGAACCGUUGAGGCUUUUUUUUGCAAAAUCGCCCAAUAUUGAAAGUAGAAAUACCAAUGCUUGUGUAUUUGAGCUAGAUUCGGGUAGUCAUGUUGACCCGAAGGUGGUUGUUGCAAAAGACAAAGAAUGUCAUAAUUACUCUGGAAGUACAAAUACCAAAGAUAGUGAAGAUAUGGUUGAUGGGUCAGAAAAUUGUGUUCCAUCCACAAAUACAGAACCGAAAGAUAGUGAAGUUUCAAAUGGUUCCCUGGUUGGCCAUGUAAGUUCAUAUCCUGAAAGUAAUGAAGAAAUGGUAUAUCAGAUCAGAAUGAUGUUAAAUCCAGCACAACAUCACCAACGUCAGCUAUCACAACCUUCAACAAAAGUGAUGCCAAAGAGGAUAGUGCAUUUGAAGAAAAUAUCUCGGACAAUGAAACCUCUUCUAUAAAAGUUGUUUUUUUAUGCCAUUAGGCUCCUCAUCAUUUGGAUGUGGGGCUGUUGAUAGUCUUGGUUUAACUGAAAAACAUUGGUUGCACAAUAAUUUUAUAACUUUAGAACAUGACAUUCUUAUGCAAUACAUGAGUUGUGUUACUGAAAAAAAGUAGGGGUGCUUCAAAUCCGGCCGGAAUUCCGGCCAGAUUUAACGAAUUUUCCGGCAUCCGGCUUCCGGCCGGAUUUAAAUUUCUGUUUUUACCUUAAAAAGUUCACCAAGAAUGGGAUAAACCAUCAAUUUGGCAGCUUUAAUGUUUAAAAAAACACUUAUAUUAUUAUACAAUAAUAAGUUAUUAACAAAAAGAUGUUUAAAAAAGGUUUAAACACAAUCAAAAAUCUAAACUGACACUAACUAAAAACAGUAAAAAACAUAAACCGUUAUUUUGAAUACUGAUUUAUCUCCAAUUGUCCCCAUUACCGGUUUAUCUCUCUCAAAUCCGGCAAAUCCGGCCGAAAUUUUUGUCCAAAUCCAGUAAAUCCGGUUCCGGCUGGAUUUGGAAAUUCCAAAUCCGGUGCACCCCUAAAAAAAAGCACGCUAACCGACCAGCUAGAGGCAUUUACACGUGUCCAGUAUUCAAGAUAUUAGUUUGUUAGAUUUUGUAGCAGUCAGAAAGCUUUACUGCAAAGUACAAAGACAUGCCGAUUGGAAAGAGUGUAGUCAGUGUUUUCUCAAAGGUAGCCCAACAGUUUCGUUUUAUUACGAAACAUGGGGAAAAGCGAUAGAAAGAUAACAGCUAAGAUGUCAAAAGAGAGCCUAGCUGCUAAUGUUAUGCAACCUUGCAUCAUCAGAAGCUCACCGAUUACUAAUUAAGUACAUUGCUUGUAAAAGCAUGGGUCUCAGUAAAAUCUGCUAAGACAUUAUGUGGAUUUCAAGACCUUCAUAAACAAGGGGAGAGGAUUAUGGAUGCUGUUGAAACAUAUUAUGUCAUCAUAAAAACGUAGCAGAAUUAGCGAAAGGAGAAAGCACAGCAUCUCUUAAUGCACUUGGCAUCCAUGUUUCAGAUGAAUCAGAUUCUGAUAGCAUGGAAGAAUCAGAAUGCUGCAUGUCCAAUGAUGUUGAAGAAGAUAAUUCCAAGCAAAGCAACCCUCGAUAGUGAUGAAAGAAAAAUAAUGCAAUUUAAUGAACAGCCUGACCACACAACCUAUACUAGCUUGUUAACCAUUGACCAAGCUAACACCAGCCAGCCUCUUAAAGAAAGCCAAGGCAUCCAGCUUCUCCCUACACUGAAUCAUAUGUUGUCAAUUCUUCAUAGAAAUAAGCUGAAUUGGUUUGCACUUGUCAAAGAGUUGAACGUUUUAGCUACAGAAUGUUCUCCAGAAUCAACUGAUCAACUAUUGACUGAUUUUGCACAUUUUCUGUUGAGCAAUGAUGCGACGGUCAAAGAAAAGAAGUUGAUUUAA